CUUAUGGUGCUUGCAUUUUCCUCAGAGGUUGCUUUGGUGUCUGGUGCAUGCUCAUCCCAGCUGUAGGAAACUUCUGUGGGCAGACACACUGCUGCUGAUUUUCCCUGUGAUGGAGCGCUGAUUAUGAGCGUCAGCUUGCUGAAGGUCAGAAUGAGUUUCUCUGCAGUUUGAUGAGUAAAGCUGUGGUCUGCAGACUGAUGGCCGAGGUGCUGCUGUUGGGUUAUGUGCUGGUUCUGGAGCUGUGAUUGUCACGCUGCUCAGAGUAAUCGGACUGCCACUAAUACCUGCUGCUGCUGCUGCUAACCGGAGGCAAUGGGGGAAGUUUGUUCACAGAGUCCCUGUCAGACUGGAUCUGCACCUCAGGCUCGUCACUGAGUCGGCGUUUUUCAAUAAAGCACCCUCCAAGCUCCACACAACGGAGACAUGGCCAGGAACUCUUUUCGUGGGUCCAAACGGGGCCGCAAUGCCGAGACCAACCAUGAGCCGGAGUUCAGCUGCACUCUGCAGGACCUGCGCUUGCUUAUGGAGCUUCGAGGAGCCGACGCGAUUACCAGGAUUCAGGAUUGCUAUGGAGAUGUUAACGGCCUGUGCACCAGACUCAGGACGUCUCCGGUUGAAGGUCUGGAAGGCAAACCAGAGGACAUCGGCAAGAGGAAACAAGAGUUUGGACAGAAUGUCAUCCCUCCUAAAAAGCCUAAAACCUUUCUGCAGUUAGUGUGGGAGGCCCUUCAGGAUGUCACGCUUAUCAUCCUGGAGGUGGCAGCAGUCAUUUCACUAGGCCUUUCUUUCUACAGUCCACCAGACACAGAAAGACAAAACUGUGGAAAAGCAGCUGGUGGCGUGGAAGAAGAGGGCGAUGCGGAGACCGGGUGGAUCGAAGGCGCUGCCAUUCUCCUCUCCGUAGUGUGCGUGGUGCUGGUGACGGCUUUUAACGACUGGAGCAAGGAGAAGCAGUUCCGUGGUCUGCAGAGUCGUAUCGAGCAGGAGCAGAAGUUCACCAUAGUGCGAGCGGGGCAGGUGACCCAGAUCAAAGUGUCUGAGAUUGUGGUGGGAGACAUCGCACAGGUCAAAUAUGGGGACCUCCUCCCAGCAGACGGCAUCUUAAUUCAGGGCAACGAUCUGAAGAUUGACGAAAGCUCUCUGACUGGGGAGUCGGAUCACGUCAAGAAGACCAUCGACAAAGACCCCAUGCUGCUCUCAGGCACACAUGUGAUGGAGGGCUCUGGCAAGAUGUUAGUCACCGCCGUAGGUGUGAACUCUCAGACUGGAAUUAUUUUCAAGCUGCUUGGUGCCAGCGACGAUGGUGAUGGCAGCGGCGAAGAGAAAAAGGACAAAACUAAAGAGGAAAGGAAAAACAAAGACAAAAAGGAUAAGAAGUGUAAAAAGGAAGAAAAAAGCCAGAAAGGGAAAAGCAAGGAUGGAGCUAUUGUUGAGAUGCAACCACUCAACGCAGAUGGAGAACUAGAGAAGAAGAAGGCUCUACCAAAGAAGGAGAAAUCCGUCCUUCAAGGGAAGCUGACCAAGCUGGCCGUGCAGAUUGGCCGAGCAGGUCUGUUAAUGUCCGCCCUCACUGUCAUCAUUCUAAUCACUCGCUUCCUGAUUGAUACCUUCUGGAUUCAGGGGCUUCCUUGGUUGCAAGAGUGUGUGGCCGUCUACGUGCAGUUCCUGGUCAAGUUCUUUAUCAUUGGGGUGACGGUGCUGGUGGUGGCUGUGCCCGAAGGUCUCCCCCUGGCUGUCACUAUUUCCCUUGCCUAUUCAGUCAAGAAAAUGAUGAAAGAUAACAAUUUGGUCCGCCACCUGGAUGCCUGUGAGACAAUGGGCAACGCAACAGCAAUCUGCUCGGAUAAGACGGGGACAUUAACCAUGAACCGGAUGACGGUGGUGCACACCUACAUCGCAGGGCGGCACUAUAAAAAGGUGCCCGAGCCCGACCUCAUCCCGACCAAGAUCCUGGACCUGCUCAUCCAAGGCAUCGGUGUCAACUGCGCCUACACCACCAAGAUUAUGCCGCCGGAGAAAGAGGGUGGGCUGCCUCGCCAAAUAGGAAACAAGACCGAAUGUGCCUUACUGGGACUCAGCCUGGACCUAAAACGAGACUACCAGAAUGUUCGAAAUGAAAUCCCAGAGGAGAAGCUGUUCAAGGUCUACACCUUCAACUCUGUGAGGAAAUCCAUGAGCACCGUGUUGAAGAACUUUGAUGGCAGCUACCGAAUGUUCAGUAAAGGGGCCGCUGAGAUCUUACUUAAGAAGUGCAACAAAAUCUUGACAGCCAGUGGAGAGGCCAAGGUCUUCAAACCCAAGGAUCGAGAACAACUGGUGAAGAAUGUGAUCGAGUCGAUGGCAUCUGAGGGGCUUAGGACAAUCUGUCUUGCCUACAGAGACUUCGCUGCCACUGACGGAGAGCCUGAUUGGGACAACGAGGCUGAGAUCCUCUCUAGACUUACAUGCAUCGCCGUUGUUGGCAUCGAGGACCCCGUUCGACCUGAGGUACCAGAAGCCAUCAGAAAGUGCCAGAGGGCUGGGAUCACUGUCCGCAUGGUAACGGGAGACAACAUUAACACCGCUCGAGCCAUUGCCUCCAAAUGUGGCAUUUUGCUGCCCGGAGAUGACUUCUUAUGUAUAGAAGGGAAAGAGUUCAAUCAACGGAUCCGUAACGAAUUGGGCGAGAUCGAACAAGAGCGUAUCGAUAAGAUUUGGCCCAAACUGAGAGUCCUUGCCCGAUCAUCUCCAAUGGACAAACACACUUUGGUCAAAGGAAUCAUUGACAGCACUGUCCUGGAGCAGAGGCAGGUUGUCGCUGUAACCGGAGAUGGCACAAAUGACGGCCCCGCCCUCAAGAAAGCGGAUGUUGGCUUCGCCAUGGGCAUCGCGGGGACAGAUGUGGCGAAGGAGGCGUCUGACAUCAUCCUGACAGAUGACAAUUUCUCCAGCAUUGUUAAGGCUGUUAUGUGGGGCAGAAAUGUGUAUGACAGCAUUUCCAAGUUCCUGCAGUUCCAACUCACGGUCAACGUCGUGGCUGUCACCGUGGCCAUCACCGGAGCCUGCAUUACCCAGGACUCUCCUCUCAAAGCUGUCCAGAUGUUAUGGGUCAACCUCAUCAUGGACACCUUCGCCUCGCUGGCUCUCGCCACAGAGCCGCCCACCGAGGCACUGCUGCUCAGGAACCCAUACGGGCGCAACAAGCCGCUCAUCUCCCGCACCAUGAUGAAAAACAUUUUGGGCCACGCCAUCUACCAACUGACACUGAUCUUCACGCUGCUCUUUGUCGGUGAGAAGAUGUUUGACAUCGACUGUGGGAGGAACGCCCCGCUUCACGCGCCGCCCUCUGAACACUACACUAUUGUUUUCAACACGUUCGUCCUCAUGCAGAUCUUCAACGAGUUCAAUGCUCGCAAGAUCCACGGAGAAAGGAAUGUCUUUGAGGGUGUUUUCGGCAACCCCAUCUUCUGCUCCAUUAUCCUGGGAACACUUAUUGUACAGGUCCUGAUUGUGCACUUUGGUGGUAAAGCUUUCAGCUGUGUGCCUCUGACACUAGAACAGUGGCUAUGGUGUAUCUUUUUGGGUCUUGGCAGUCUCCUGUGGGGGCAGCUGGUGUCCAGUGUCCCCACCAGGUGGCUGAAGUUCCUGAAAACAGCCGGUCAUGGCACACAGCAGGAGGAGAUCCCUGAGGAGGAGCUGGAGGAGCUGAACGACAAUGAUGAGAUCGACCACGCUGAGAUGGAGCUAAGGAAGGGUCAGGUGCUGUGGUGCCGCAGCCUCAACCGUAUCCAGACCCAGAUCCGUGUUGUAAACGCCUUCAGGGACAGUGUGUCUCCUUACGAAGGUCUGGAGACGCCGGAGUCGCGCAGCUCCAUCCACAACUUCAUGACUCACCCCGAGUUUCGCAUCGAGGACCUGGAAACCCAGAUCCCCCUGAUCGACGAAAACGAGGAUGAGGACGAUGCGCCCACCAAACGGAACUCCAUCAUACCCCCACCGCUGACGCUGACCGGACUGUCCAACCUGUCCAACCUGCAGCCUCUCCCAUCCUCGCCCAACCAGAACAACAACGCAUUAGAGCGCAUCAUCCCGCUGCACAGAGAUGGCUCCAGGUCCGGUCUAAUCCCGCCUAACUCUGCAGGACUGCCACCCUGUCCCGGGAGCCCCCUGCACAGUCUGGAGACCUCACUCUGAAGCAGCCACCAUGGGACAAGACACUUCCUGCUCCUGGUGUUUGAGUUUGGGUUGUACAGAGAGGAAAAGGUUGAAAUUUUGUUUUCAAAACCCACUCCUCUGAUUGGUUCCGGACUUCCUGGGGACAGAAACGUCUCCACUAGGGUUUGGGGUCUUGUUCAGACCAAACCCUGCUCACACUGACUCGUUUCUUUUCUAUUAAAUAGACUUGAACUCUUCCUAUGUAAUUUAGAAGUGUGUUUGUGAGGUGGGUGAAGUAAGCUUUAAUUCAGUUUCAUGUGUAAAUAUUGUCAAUGUAGCCAGAGUUUAAUGAAAUUAGACAAAUUUAGUUAAUCUGUUAGUGGCAAAUUUAAAUAAUUUUUGUGUUGACCUUUAACUACAAUAGUUAAGUGGCUCAAAUGAGUCAGCUUUAAGAAAUCUGUUGUAUUUUAUUUGUUUCAUCCGGUAGUCAGACGGGUUUUAAGUAAAUGUCUAAUGUUUCUUUUCAAUGCUGUGUUUUUUAUGUCUUAGGUUAAUGUUUAUAAGAUGGAGAAACAUUGUCAUUAAAAGUUCAUAAAUGGA